AUGGCGUCGAGACGGAUAUCGAGCGUUGGUGAUCGUCUACGGCGCUCGAGCGCGCUCGCGGCGUCCACGAGGGCGACGAACGCGCGAGAGACGGGCGACACGGUGCUCCACAUUGGGAAUCACCGCGCUUGGAUUCGUCAUGGAAUCGGACGCGCGCGACGUGCGCGGUCAUCCGAGGCGGCGUCGCACGACGCUUUACGGCUCAUUGAACUCGCGCGAGCGGUCCGCGCCCGUGGGCACCUGACCGCGUCGUUGGAUCCGCUCGGGCGGUCGCUUGGACCAAUCACGAAGGGGUUCGAGACGAUGGAGGCGACGACGCCGGCGGACGCGCGAGACAUCCACGCCCUGAUCACGGGGUACCCGAAUCUGUUGUAUAAAGACGGCGAAAGGGUGUCGUUGGGGAAAUAUUUGGGUUUACGGGAGAGCGAUGCGAACGUGGCGCAUUACUUGGGCGAGGACGCGGCGACGCUCGAUCCGAGCGGAAGGGCGGAGAAGACGCGAUGGCGGGCGAACGAAUUAUUCGAGCGCUUACGCGACGUCUACUGCGGAACGAUGAGCGUCGAGUGCAAUCAUUUGACAAGUCAGGAUCGCAAGCGGUGGUUACGAAUGCAGUUCGAAAGCGGACCGGAGAGACCGAGCGAGAAGACGCGGCGCAAGACGUUGGCGAGGCUGUUACGAGCGGACAUGUUGGAGAAUUUUCUCGCCGAGAGAUUCCCGAGCGCAAAGAGGUUCGGAUUAGAGGGCGCUGAAAGUUUAAUUCCAGGUUUACAGGCGUUUGUCGAGCGCGCGGCGGAGCGCAGAGUGGAAUCCAUCGUCCUCGGCAUGCCGCAUCGAGGUCGUCUCAACGUCUUACACAAUGUCUUCGGCAAGCCAUUAGGGGCCAUCAGUGCGGAGAUAGUGGACGAUAGAUCAUCAUUCUUGGUCGGAGACGUGCGAUACCACCUAGGUGCGCGAGCACGCGUCGAUGUGGAGAUCGAGGAAGGGGAGAAACGUCCGGUUACGAUGACGCUGGUGCCGAAUCCAAGUCAUCUGGAGAUGGUGAACGCAGUCGUCAGCGGCGUUGUUCGCGCGAAACAAUUUAGACGCGAUCCCGAGGCGCAGGGUGCAGGAGCGCGAGCACAUGUGCUUCCACUCCUCUUACACGGUGAUGCUUCCUUCUGCGGACUCGGACAAACGGCAGAGGUGAUGACGCUGCAAGAUUUGCCUGAUUACAGCACCGGCGGGACGGUACAUGUCAUCGUGAACAAUCAAAUCGGUUUCACCACCGUUCCUCGACGGGCGCGCUCUAGUCCACACCCGAGCGAUGUCGCGAAAGCGUAUGGGGCACCUAUAAUUCACGUAAACGGCGAUGAUCCAGAUGCGGUCAUUCGGGCAAUGAGACUCGCGGCUGACUACCGCGCCGAAUUUCAGUCGGAUGUCGUGGUAAACUAUGUGUGCUACCGACGCUUCGGUCACAACGAGCUGGACGAUCCUUCCAUAACGCUACCGCUGAUGUCGAAAAGGAUAGAUUCUACUCCUCGAGUGGCGGCGACGUACGCUAAUGUGUGUGUUGCCGAGGGCAUGCUCUCGAAUGACGAGUUGCGCGAGCUCAAAGAGGACAUCACAAGGGAUUUGGCCACUGAUAGUGCCACGCAUCAACAUUUCAUUCCGACCACGGAAUCGUGGCUCGCAUCUACACAUUCAGUGACGACAGGCAUCGCCGGUCGAGAAGCUCUAAUCACAUCGUGCGGAACGGGUAUGCCGCUCGAUGCCUUGAAGGAAAUUUGUUACUCGAUUACUUCGCCACCCGCGGACAAGAAUUUCGAGUUACACCCGUACGUGAGUGCCAUGUUCGAGGCGCGCAGAAAAGCGAUGGAGCCCGAGGCGCAAGUGGGCACAGGACGGAUUGAUUGGGCGACCGCCGAAGCGCUAGCGUUCGCAUCCAUACUGAUGCAUCCGGAUGAUAAGUACUGGGGUAAGCACGUCGCGUGGUGGAUGAACCCUGACGAGGAAGCCCCGCUCGGAUCGCACGCGCACGUUCGAAUCAGUGGCCAAGACGUCGUCCGUGGAACAUUUAAUCAUCGUCACGCGGCUGUGUAUUGCAGUCGGACAUCGUUCGAGCACAUUCCACUCGACAAUAUGGGCGUUGGAUCGCAGAAUAGAUUUAUUGCCGCGAACUCGCCCUUGAGUGAGCACGCUGUGCUCGGAUUUGAGUACGGCUUCUCAAUCGAGGCGGGUAAAGAGGCCCUCACUAUUUGGGAAGCGCAGUUCGGUGACUUUGCGAAUAACGCGCAGGUCAUCAUAGAUCAAUUUAUUUGCUCCGGGGAAGAGCGCUGGGGCCAGCGCAGCAACUUGGUGCUACUUUUGCCGCACGGCUACGAGGGCCAGGGUCCCGAUCACUCCUCUGCGAGGCCCGAGCGCUGGCUUGCCGCGGCUAAUGACGAUCCCGACGCUCUUCCCGGUAAUGCUGCAGCGGACAUCGCGUUCGCUGAGCGUACGUUUGAGGCGCUCGGACCAGAUGCGGACGGUUUCGUGUACGUAGAAAAAAUCAAAAUGAUCCUACAACCUGAUGAGGUUGAAGAUACAGCAAAAACCGAAACAUUCGCCAGGGCGCUCGAGUCGAGCGAUGGAAGCGAUACCAGCGGUAUGUGGGAAGACAUCAAGGCAUACUUUGGCUCGAGCGGAAAGAUUCACCGAAGGGAUUGGAUUCGAUACAUGCGCCGGCGCGCGCGAGCGUCAUUCAUGACGCGCGCAAACUUCGUCCUCGUCCAGCCGUCGACGCCAGCGCAGUAUUUCCACGUGCUCAGACGUCACAUGAGCUCGCCACAUACGAAGCCUCUGGUUAUUCUGACCCCGAAGACGCUGCUCCAUCACAAGUACUGUGCGAGUAAGCUCAUGGAUUUCGCUCCAAAGUCAUCCUUCCGAAGAGUCAUCGCUGACGGCGACGCCGGAGACGACGUCACUCGCCACGAAAGCAUCCCACUCAAGCCCGCGAACGAGAUCAAGCGCGUGGUACUGUGCACGGGGAAGAUGUACUACCAGCUCGCUCGCCAAAGACUGGCGAAGAAAAUUGAUGACAUCGCUAUCGUGCGUCUCGAGCAGCUCUUCCCGUUCCCGCACGACGCCUUGGCUCGACGUCUCCAGCGCUACCCCAACGCCCACCUCGUCUGGGCCCAGGAGGAGCCAAAAAAUAUGGGUUACUGGGCCUAUGUCGCCCCCAGGAUCGCCACCACCGAGCGCGCCACCAGAACGCGCGCCACUUCCGACAUCUCCCGCCUCCGAUACGUCGGCCGCCCGCCAGCAGCGAGCGCCGCCACCGGCUCCUUCGCUAUUCACACCACCGAGACCGCGAGUGUGAUCAACCAAGCCCUCGACGCUGAUGAAAUGCACUCGGUGUAG